UCAAAGUGGUUUGUGAAUUCCAACAAGUCGGUCACUACUGCUGUAAAGUGCAACAACACAAAAGUGGCUGCUAUUGCCAGAAACAUAAUUAUAUUCCAGUUUAACUGUUAAAUUCUAAUUGUCAAGAGUAGAAGAUUUUUAUUAUUAAUAGAAUUUGUGAGCAGAGGUUAUGCUAACUUGUGGAAAGUGUGUUAAAAAGUACUUAGAGACCACAAAGACUUUAUAAAACUUUUAAAUAAAAACAAAUUAGAAAAAAAAUUUUGUAACAGUACUUGCGGUUGCCUAAUUCUACGAAAAAUAUCUUCCGCUCAUCUUAAUAAAUUAUUAUUUACUUGAUGCUUCUGAAAAUUUAACACAUCGUGAGUGCUUUGUAAACGAACGCUAUUGUAAUACUUUGUGUCGCCUUGUAAACACUUUUUUUAAUAUAAAUAUAAUCCACGUAACAAAUUGGACUCUCAAACAAAUUGACUUCAACAACGGUUACAGUAUUUAUUCUGGAAACUUCCACGUUUCAGCGGUCACUCUUCAUGUGCUCUUAAAUAGUGUUGUUGUAUUAUCGAUCGAACGCAUUUUAUAUAUUUUAAAUUGUUAACCAGACUUGUCCUUGCGCUGGCGGAAGCAUUGCGUGCCACAAUUGAAUCCGAUAUUGUAUGUGAGUGUGUUAUUGUUUUUAGACGCUAAUCAUGGGCAAUUCCAGCUCACUGUGUGCGGAUAAGAAUGCGGUAAGAAGCUACAAUGACAAUGGCGCACCGCUUUAUCCGACCGCCAGCAAUUCAUACAACCCUUCCAAUGGCCAGGUAACGCCGUAUGAGCAUUAUCGGCAGCAACAACAACAGCAGCCAACACAAAACACAAUGUAUAAAACAACAAUUCCAGUGAAUGAACAUUGCCAAAGCCAACAACAACAACUAGCGACCACGGCCAACAGCUGUCACUGUAGCAGCGGCAACGGCAACGAUAGUGGAGCUUUCGUGCAAUCAGCUGUUGGUGGAGCACAGCUGACCAACAACAACACUAGCAACACUAGAAACAAUGACGCAACGAAUGCGAAACAACGCGCAAUCGGAGUCCCCAUGUCUACGCAACAUUGUUGCCACGCCACCGACAAUAGAAACACUCUUGUCUCCACGCAAGCACAGUAUGCUCACCACAGUAGUAGUCAAGCGAGCAAUAAUCAUACGACUACAUUAACAACAACGACAACAACUGUCGAAUACGAGUUGUCAAAUGGCAUAGCAAAAUUGAGUAAAAUCAGUACGAGUCGAGUCGCCGCCGAACAGUCGUCGUUGCCGUCUCAUUUAUUGCAGACGCAGCAAAUAAUAUCGUUUAAGAAGGAACAAGAAGUCAAUAGUUUGACGGAAAUCACCACAAACACAAGCAAUCAAGUCAAAUUGGAAAAAGAAAAGGAGCAGCAACAAUUAUUGCCACCGUUAUUAUCCUCAAAGGCAUUACAGGAACUAAGUGAAAACGUCGAAGCUUUAAAUAGCUACAAUAAUAGUAAUAAUUUACUGACCAGUGUACCGAAACAACAGUUGAGAAACUAUAGCACAAUGGCCGAACCAGUCCAACAAUCGAAAUGUUUUUCGCAUAAAACAAAUUUGGCCCAGGGCGAUGAUGCGGAGGUGCCCGGCAAAGUGAGUGGCUUGGAACGCUUGCAUCAAAAGAAAUACAACAAGGGCUUGGCGUUUUCCGUUGAAGAGCGCCAGCUACUCGGUAUUCAAGGUUUACUGCCUGCUGUAGUCAAAUCAGAGGAAGAACAAGUAAAACACGCGCUGAUCUUGCUCGAUCGCCUGGAACACGAUUUGGAUAAAUAUAUAUACCUCUCUGGUUUGGCUGAGCGCAAUGAGCGCCUUUUCUAUAAAGUUCUCGGAUCUGAUAUUGCCAAAAUGAUGCCCUUGGUCUACACACCAACCGUCGGCCUGGCUUGCCAAAAGUUCAGUUUGAUUUUCCAAAAUCCCAAGGGUCUCUACAUAACAAUCCGAGACAAGGGACAUGUCUAUGAUGUGCUUAAGAACUGGCCUGAAACUGAUAUUCGUGCCAUUGUGGUCACAGACGGUGAACGUAUCUUGGGUCUGGGCGAUUUGGGCGCCAACGGUAUGGGUAUUCCAGUUGGUAAACUAUCGCUAUAUACUGCCUUGGCUGGUGUUAAACCGCAUCAAUGCCUGCCGAUUACAUUGGAUGUAGGCACCAACACACAGAGCAUCUUGGAUGAUCCUUUAUAUAUUGGUCUGCGUCAGAAGCGUAUCACUGGUCAGGAGUACGAUGCUUUCAUUGAUGAAUUCAUGCAAGCUGUGCUACGUCGUUUCGGUCGGAAUUGCCUCAUUCAGUUCGAGGAUUUCGGCAAUAGCAAUGCAUUCCGCCUUUUAGAAAAAUACCGUCAUAAUUACUGUACAUUCAACGAUGAUAUUCAAGGCACAGCCUCAGUUGCCGUUGCUGGUAUUUUGGCAUCUUUGAGACUUACCAAAACUUCACUGCUGGAAAACAAAAUUCUGUUCUUUGGCGCUGGCGAAGCUGCUUUGGGUAUCGCCAAUCUAUGUAAAAUUGCAAUGAUCCGUUUGGGACUUUCGGAGAAAGAAGCAUUAGAUCGCAUUUGGCUUGUGGAUAGUCGCGGUUUGAUUGUCAAAAACCGUCCCAGUGGUGGUUUGACUGAACACAAGCUACAUUUCGCUCACCAACAUGAACCCGUUGAUAGCUUGCUGGAGGCCGUAAAAAUCGUCAAGCCCACCAUGUUGAUUGGCGCUGCUGCUGUAGGUGGUGCAUUUACACCCGAAAUUCUGCAAAUAAUGGCCGAGUUGAAUGAGAGACCCGUUAUUUUUGCCCUGUCGAACCCUACCAGUAAGGCGGAGUGUACCGCUGAACAAGCUUAUCAAAAUACAGAUGGUCGUGCUAUCUUCUCAUCUGGCUCACCGUUCGCACCUGUCACGUACAAAGGCCAAGUUUUCCAUCCCGGUCAGGGCAACAACUCAUACAUUUUCCCAGGUAUUGGAUUGGGUGUGAUCGCCGCUGGUAUUAAAACAAUUCCUGAAGAAAUUUUCCUAAUGGCCGCUCAGAAAUUGGCGGUAAUGAGUCUCGAUGAAGACUUAGCCAAGGGCAGUCUGUAUCCACCAUUGGAAAAAAUCACUGAGUGCUCAGUAGAGAUCGCUGUUGCGAUUGUUGAGUAUGCCUACAAAGAGGGUUUGGCCACCGUUUUCCCAGAGCCAGAAAACAAAUGUGAAUUCAUCAAGUCUCAGAUGUAUAACGUAAACUAUAGCCCUGCUGUGCCGGAAGUAUAUUCGUGGUGUAAUAAGUUGUAAACAUAGUGCAGAAUUACUUAGCUUAACGUGAAAGAAGUAAAGUGAGUGAACUGAACUGGGCGAAUGGAAAUGUGCACUCGACGCCAAAAUUAUUACGUGAAGAAAAUAUUCAUCAAUAUACAUUCAAAUCUUAUUCUGUAAAUUAAUGCCUAAUCAUACUAACAUGUAAUAAAGAAGAAAUAUUUAAAUACAAAGUAAUAACCGUUAUAA